AUGGCACACUCGAGCAAUGACGAGUUCUUCGCCAAGCUGGUCGAGCUCUUUGACUACCGCAAGGGGAAAGAUCAUGGCAGCAUUGUGCUGACGCAGAAGCGGUUGACAUAUGACCAGCCCCUGCCAGAAGCAACGAGCGACACCAUACUGCCCGACCUGCACCCACCACAGCCCAUGCCGAUAUUGAUACGGGCAACCAACGCCAAGGGCAAGGAGAAGCGCCGCGCCAAGGAGAAGGUGAAGCUCUCCACCGUCGUCGACGCCGACAACCUGCCCGCCUUCUUCGAGCGGUAUGCCGAGGUGUGCAAGGUGGGAAUGAACACGCUCAAGCCCAGGGAUCGGAGGCGGAAGGGAAAGGCCAAGAAGAAGAAGGGCGGCGCGGCUGCUGUCGGUGGGCCGUGA